AUGGACGAAGAUUACGACGUUAUAGUGCUCGGAACGGGCCUCACUGAAUGCAUCCUUUCGGGCCUUCUUUCUGUGGACGGCAAAAAAGUGCUCCACAUCGACAGACAAGACCAUUACGGCGGUGAAAGUGCCUCGGUGGCUCUCUCGCAACUGUACCAGAAGUUCAAGCAGAAUCCUGUGAGCAAAGAAGACAUGGAGGCAAAGUUUGGUAGAGAUCGCGACUGGAGCGUGGACUUGAUCCCCAAAUUCUUGAUGGCAGACGGUGAACUCACCAAGAUCUUGGUGCACACCGAUGUGACCCGCUACAUCGACUUCAAACAAGUUACGGGCUCCUACGUGUACAACAAAUCCAAAAUCUACAAAGUUCCUGCAAACGAGAUUGAGGCGAUUUCGUCACCCCUCAUGGGUAUUUUUGAGAAAAGACGCAUGAAGCGGUUUUUGGAAUGGAUUGGCGAGUACCAAGAAGACCAAACAAGCACACACCAAGGUCUAGAUCUCGACAAAAAUACCAUGGACGAAGUUUACUACAAGUUCGGACUUGGGAGCUCUACCAAAGAUUUCAUUGGUCACUCCAUGGCGCUGUGGACCAAUGACGACUAUUUGGAACAGCCAGCGAGACCUACGUUUGAAAGAAUAUUGCUUUACCUACAAAGUGUUGCUCGCUAUGGCAAAUCUCCCUACUUGUAUCCUCUAUACGGUCUAGGAGAGCUACCACAGGGUUUUGCUCGUUUAUCAGCCAUCUACGGAGGGACUUAUAUGCUGAACACCCCGGUCGAGAAAGUCUUGUAUGGUGACGAUGGAAAGUUCCAAGGAGUUGUCACUAAAGAGGGCACAGCCAAGGCGCCAAUAGUUAUCGCAGAUCCUACCUAUUUCCCUGAUAAAUGCAAAUCCACCGACCAGAAGGUGAUAAGAGCCAUCUGCGUGUUAAAUCAUCCUGUGCCCAACACCAACAACGCGGAUUCCGCCCAGAUCAUCAUUCCACAGUCCCAAGUUGGCAGAAAGAACGAUAUCUAUGUUGCUGUGGUUUCCGACUCCCACAAUGUGGCUUCUAAGGGUCAUUACUUGGCCAUUGUUUCUACCAUAAUCGAGACCGACAAGCCACAUGUCGAGCUCGAACCCGCUUUCAAGCUUUUGGGACCCAUUGAAGAAAGGUUCAUGGGAAUUGCCGAAAUUUUUGAGCCCAAAGAAAGCGGUGCUGCUGAUCACGUUUUCUUGUCAAGGUCCUACGACUCGUCCUCUCACUUCGAAUCUAUGACCGACGACGUGAAGGAUAUCUACUUUAGAGUUACUGGUCAUCCUCUAGUCUUGAAAAAGAGGUCUGACAAUAAUGAAGAAGAGGAGUAA